AGACGAGGAAUUGGUCUUUCUCCUUCGAUUUAAAGGAUCCAUCUUUGAUUCUGGGUUAGGAUUCGAAGGCUUCUAUUGUUUAAUUGCAAAACAUUCAAUUCAGUUGGAGGAACUUGUUGUGACUUAUGUCUAUGAGAAGUUCUGCUAGAGAUUCGAUCAGCAAUUUGCCAGAUGAGAUACUUGGCAAAAUCUUGUCUUUGCUUCCGACAAAAGUGGCUGCUUCGACAUCUGUUCUGUCCAAGAGGUGGAGGAAUCUGCUGGGUCUUGUAGACACCCUUUCCUUUGAUGAGUCGAUGGUUGUGUAUCCCAACGAAGAAGAAGCAACAAGUGGUUUACUUCGCUUCUGUGAUUUCGUAGACAAGACAUUUACUCUGUUAAGCAAUUCUCACAUCAAGAAGUUCUCUCUGUCUCGUGUACAUAACUAUAACGAUGAUGUGGACGGUAUUGUCCAGCGUUGGAUUCGGACUGCAAUGGAACGCGGUUUAUUGGAAAUACACUUGCACGCCACCCCCUGGUCUGCUAUUGCCAUAGAAACUAAGCUGUUAACAAGCAACACACUGGUUAAGCUCACGCUAUCCGCUCGAUGUUUUGUUGAAGUAGACUGUGUGUUUUUCCCUGCCCUCAAAUCACUUUCUCUCAUCUCAGUUCGGUGUGAUCAUCCCAACUAUCUACGGCUCAUCGAUGGCUGCCCUGUCCUGGAAGAAUUAUACAUGCGUGAUGGUGAUUAUCCGAUGUUGCAGCAAACUUGUGGUACCAACGUGGAAAGUGCAUCUAUUAAGCGACUUGUGAUUUUUACCCAUAAUCCAGAUGAUACACAAUGUCACCAACUUAUUUAUUUUGAAGCACCAAGUCUUGUCUACCUUGACUAUUCCAGUUAUGUCUCAGAACAGUAUCAGAUUGUUGAUUUGGUUGUUGUCGAAGCCAGGCUGAGUCUCAGGUUAUGGGUGUCAACUAAUGAUUAUGAUUAUUCUGACGAUGAUGAUGAUGAUGACGAUGAUGAUGGUUAUGAUAUUUAUGAUGAACCAAAGGCGGCUAUAUUUGGUGAUGUUACAAAACUGCUUGCGGCUAUAGGCAACAUUACGACCCUUCACAUGUCUCCUGAUUCCCUUGAGGUGUUUCAUUUCUGCUGUAAAUCCAUGCCCGUGUUCAACAACCUCCUUAAUUUAUCUAUUGAGAGUAACAAGGAAAAAGGUUGGCAAGUAAUGCCACUUCUCCUCAAGAGUUGUCCAAAUCUACAUACUUUAGUCAUCAAGGGUCUUGUGCACAGAAUAACAAAUAGAUGUGGAGAUGCAUGCGCUUGCAUCCCUAAGAAGCAGAGGAAGAUUGUGAAGAAUGAGGAGGCAUUAUGUUGUCUGUGGACAUGUCAAGUGAAGGUGCUACAGAUUUUAGAGUAUGGAGGUUCUUUUCAAGAGCUGGAACAGAUGAGACAUUUCUUGGGCAAGUUGGAAUGUCUUGAAACCGUGAAAGUUGGUGUUCACGCAAAAAACAACAACAGCACUGAGUUCUUGCAAUCUAAUCUGCUGACUCUCCCCAUAUUUUCAUCAAAGUGCAACAAUAUCCAAUUCAUCUGACCUCCUCUCUCCUCAUCUUUCUCGGUUAGAUUACAAUGUGAAAGUACCUUAACAUGAAUAUGAUUAUAUCACUAAUAUAUCAUUAAAGUUACAUAAUACAUUUUCUUCUUCAUAUGAUGUUGUAAGCUAGUGGAACCAUACUCCUGUUGCCACAAAAUAAAAGUACCAUGUAGUAAA